AUCGCUUCAGUCAUGGGGCUCGUCUAGGUGCAGUGAGUGCGCGGUCAUGCACGCCGUGCUCGUGCCAGUCUACCUCCUCCUCGUCACCCCCAUCACUGGAUCCUGGUGGGCAGCAGGUAGUUUGGUUGUAAUGGACCCAUAUCAGAUUUGUAAGAAGACGAGAAGAUUGAAAGGAAAGCUGGGUGACAUUUGCAGAAACGAGCCGGCACUUCUUAAACAGAUAGCAAACGGUGUGGCAAUGGGGCAGAAGGAGUGUCAGUAUCAGUUCCGAUAUCGGCGAUGGAAUUGCACAACAACAAGAAGAAGUAUGCGAAAGGUAUUGUUAAGAGAUACAAGAGAGACAGGGUUUGUUAACGCCAUCACGGCAGCAGGGGUGACAUUUGCAAUUACGAAAGCGUGCACGAUGGGAGAUCUUGUCGAGUGUUCCUGUGACAAAAAUAUGAAGAAAAUGAAAAAACUUAAGAAGGGAGAAAAAAUGAAAAAUUUAAAAAACGUUCCAGUUCCCGAGGGAGAUUGGGAGUGGGGAGGCUGUGGUGAUAAUAUUAAUUUUGGUAUAAGGAAAUCGCGGGAUUUUAUGGAUACGAGGUAUAAGAAGAGGAGUGACAUGAAAACGCUAGUGAAAUUGCAUAACUACGCCGCUGGUCGGUUGGCAAUAAAAAAUCACAUGCGGCCAGAAUGUAAAUGUCACGGCUUGUCGGGUUCUUGUACUUUGCGAACCUGUUGGCGUAAAAUGCCGUCGUUUCGAGAGGUGGGAAACCGGCUUAAGGAGCGAUUCGAUGGGGCGGCGAAGGUGAUCGCAGGUAACGACGGUCACAGCUUCAUUCCCGAAGGUGAAACGAUCAAGCCACCGGGUAAAGUCGACUUGGUUUAUUCGGAAGAGUCGCCUAAAUUUUGCACGCCCAACAGUACCCUGGGCUCGCUCGGUACUCAGGGUAGGCUUUGCAACGCGACGUCGUUGGGCGAAGAGGGUUGCGAUAUUUUGUGUUGCGGCCGUGGCUACAACACUAAAGACAUUGUUGAGGAGAAGAAUUGCUUUUGUAAAUUCCACUGGUGUUGUGAGGUCAAGUGUCAAACCUGUAAAGUGAAACGCACUGUGAGCACGUGUCUUUAGCGUAUAAUGAACGAAAUGUAAAUGUUAUAAUAAGAUGAUGUAAGAUAAACUUGUAUAUAUAGUUGUUAACAAGUUCGGAGCUAUAUUUUUACAUAAUUUUCGUAAUUUACACGAUUGUUAUUUAUGAGCCUCUCACGACGAUUUGUAUUUAUACUAAU